AUGCAGGCGCAUGAUCUGCAUACAGGCAUGGAUGUUUGUGUGAAAAUUAUAAAGAACAACAAAGAUUUCUUUGAUCAGAGCCUUGAUGAGAUAAAGCUUCUCAAAUACAUCAAUAAGCAUGAUCCUGCUGACAAGUACCACAUUCUACAUUUGUACGAUUACUUCUAUUAUCGAGAACAUCUGUUGAUAGUAUGUGAACUUCUCAAAGAAAACAUGUAUGAAUUUCAUAAAUUUAAUCGGGAGUCAGGAGGGGAGGUCUACUUCACAAUGCCAAGACUGCAGUCAAUUACAAUUCAGUGUCUAGAGGCGCUUCAGUUUUUGCAUGGCCUUGGCCUGAUACAUUGUGACUUGAAGCCUGAGAAUAUACUGGUGAAAAGCUACAGUAGGUGUGAGGUGAAAGUCAUUGAUCUUGGGAGUAGUUGCUUUGAGACAGAUCAUCUCUGCUCCUAUGUUCAGUCUAGAUCAUAUCGUGCUCCUGAGGUUAUCUUGAGACUUGCAUAUGAUAAGAAAAUAGAUACAUGGUCACUUGGCUGCAUCUUGGGCGAACUUUGUACUGGCAAUGUAAGUGCUAUGCAUCCAUAUAUGCUUGUGACUCUGGACAUGAGGGCUAUACUCUGA